CUCCCGUUCUGUGGUCGAGCCCUCUCUCUCUGAGUCACCACCUUCGACGACUAUGCAACACGUUCGAAGAACACGAGGAACAGAUCCAGCAAAUUGUGUUGCUGUGGUGCUGAUGGUAAUAUCACGACUCGCGGUGGCAGUGGCAUGGCAGCUGCCGAGCGGCCAGCAUCAGCCGAGAAGGCCGGCUCUGCCGUCCUCCCUUGUUCAUCGGCAGCAGCCGUCCUUUCGCCGCUCAUCCACGGUGUUGCGUGAGAGUGUAGGAGAUGGAGGCGAGGCAGCGGGCGAUUUGCCUCCGAAGCUGCGGACGCUGAUUGCGACAUUCAGGAGGAUGCCGGACGAUAGAUUCAGGUGACUGAGUGAGAUGGUCCUUGUGGUGUGUAUUUAUUUGCUUGGGUGGGUGGGUGCAGGUAUCAGCAGCUGCUGGUGUUUGCCAAGGGCCUGAAGCCCAUGAACAAUGCCUACAAGACAAAAGAAAACAAAGUCAAGGUCAGACAGUUCAGGACAUGCAAAUGGACGCUAAGAGCAGAGGCAUCGUGUCUCACUCGUCUGCCAAUGUUUGUGUGUGUGUGUGCCCAUGUUUCCUGGUCUCAGGGAUGUUUGUCAGUGGUUCACGUGCACGCGGAGGGCAGAGAGGACGACAGUGGCGACAUGAGGAUAUACUUCCAGGGCGACUCAGGUGGGUGGGUCAACCGACGAACCACAAGCAGACAUCCAUUCUUGUGGGUCUGCAACUUAUCGAGUGUCUCCUCUCCUUAUCCAGACGGUUUGCUAACGAAGGGUCUCGUCAAUUUCCUCGUGCAGGGGCUAUCCGGUAAGUGACGCCAUUCAAUAGCUCCACACACCAGCCGGCUAUGCGGCACUGUGUGUGCUUGGUUGUGCAGGCUGCACGCCCCGCCAGAUCGAGAGCGUCCCGGCUGCUGCCGUCAUGGAGGCCAGGGUCACCAACUCACUCACACCGGGGUGAGUGAGGGAGUGAGUGGGGCACACGCCAGCCCUCCCACCACAUGGCGUUCGCCACACCUGCAAGUGGCCGUGGUUGUGUGUGUGCAGGCGCAACAACGGCUUUCUGAACAUGCUUGAGACGAUGAAGGCCAAGGCCAGAGACAUCGCUGCUGUGCAGGGGCGUGCGUAGAGAGAGGGGAAUGAGUGAGUGGGGGUUGGUUGGUUGGUUGGUCCCUCCCUGUUCAGUCAGUGUUGAUAGAUAGCCUCUGGAAGGACCCUGUUGCUGACUUUAUCCGACUUGCAU